AAAAAAAAUCUUGGCUGUGUGCGUGUGAUGGUGAAUUUCGCGUUGUAAAUUUAUUAAAAAUGUCUCUAAAAUGGACUGGGAAUCGUAGUGAAUCCGGUAUUUUGCGUAAAAGUGAAUGUAAAGAGAAGAAAGAAGAACUAUUCGUGUUCGGGUACUCGUGCAAAUUGUUCAGGGACAAUGAGAAAGCCCUGCACAUUGACCAAGGAAAGCACCUCAUUCCGUGGAUGGGGGAUGAAACAUUGAAAAUCGACAGGUAUGAUGCUCGAGGGGCCCUGCACGACCUGUCGUCGCACGAAGCCCCGUCCGGGGGCUUCGACUGGCGCGUGGAGCUCACUAAAGCGGAGCUGGAAGUGGAACAACUGUGUGACGAAGAGAGGUACCGAGCCCUGCACACGGAUGAAGAUGAGGAGGAAAUGUACAAAGAAGAGGAGCUGAAGCGUCUCCACGCAGCGGGCUACGGUCAAGUGGGCUUCAACUACGAGGCCACGCAGCAGGAGCCGGCCGCGCCCGCGGCUCCCGUGGAGGUCGAUGAACCUUUCCUGCCUACGCCUGCGUUUAAGGCACUGCUGUCGCUGGAAAUUGUCUUGCCCGAGUCCCAAAAGCAGAACGCUAUAAUCGAGAAGACGGCCAAGUUCAUAGCGUCCCAAGGUGCCCAGAUGGAGAUCUUGAUUAAGGCGAAGCAGGGAGACAACCCGCAGUUCCGCUUCCUGAAUAAAGAUGAUCCGUUGAAUCCGUACUAUGCUGCUCUCAUCGCGCUGGUCAAAGCUGGCAAGUGGCCGGAGAAGGAAGUGGAGGUUGUUGAAGAGAAACCACCAGAAACCGAAGAGUACCUACAUCCAAGUUUGGCGUCAACAGUUAUCGAGUCUGCCCCAUCAAUCCCAAGCAUCCAUUACCGACCGUCAGCCGACUGCGACUACACGAUGCUAAUAUCAAAAAUGCGGGGCGAAACCUCCCUAGAUGAGGCCUACACGCCGGAAUUGGCACCGGGCGAAGUGGCCCCGCCGGGAACUGAACCUCUGCCGCCGAGAGCGAGCGCUGAGAUCGCGCGGGCACCCGUCAUGUAUAACGCCUCGCAGCCGCCGCCUAUCAUUAAUGAUUCCUACACGCCGGAAUUAGCAUCGGGCGAAGUGGCCCCGCCGGGAACUGAACCUCUGCCGCCGAGAGCGAGCGCUGAGAUCGCGCGGGCACCAUUGAAGUAA